AUGCGGAGGAUCAGGGAAGAGAGCGUGCUUGCCGACUCCUUCCUCUUCACCUGGGGCGACGGCAACGACGGCAAGCUCGGGCACCAGAGCGAAGAGAGCCUCUUCGUCCCCUACAACGUGACGAUCCUCCAGCGUAUGAGGAUCAAGUCCUGCGCCCUGGGACGGAAGCACAGCCUGUUCCUCUCUGCCGAGGGCACCGUCUUUGCCUGCGGGAACGGCCAGUACGGCCAGCUGGGAACGGGCGCUGUGCUGGACUUCCGCAGCACUCCAGUGCACGUGCAGGGUCUGCAGAGGGUGAAGCAGCUCUCAGCUGGGGACUAUCAUAGCGUCGCCUUGCUGGAGGGAGGGGCGCUGUAUGCGUGGGGGAGCGGGUCGUGGGGGAAGCUGGGGCUGGCUACGGACAACAAUGUGACUGCUCCGAGAGUGAUCGCGGCGCUGACC